AUGGGUGCUAUUCAUGUCAAAUGUUUGGAACAUUGGUUAGAGGAAAGCAAUAGAAAUAGUUGCGAAUUGUGUGGACACGUAUUUCAAGUUGAACGCACACCACGUUAUAAAGCUAUUACAUCUAUUAUUAUUUGGUUGUGCGUUAGUCAACAUCAACGUCAAUUAUACAUGCGCAAUUUGAGAACAGAUUUACUUCGCUGUAUCAUUGUCACACCAGUGACUAUAAUAUGUUCAUACAUUUGCGUGGUUGGUGCUGAUUUUUACGCAAUGAAUAAUUAUAAUAAUUUUCCCCCAGCACGAUGGACUACUUAUUCUUUGCUAGUAAUGAUGGCAUUACUAAUUUUCUCAUAUUUUCUAUGGAUAUACAUGGCAGUUCAAAAUCAUCAAAAAAUUUGGUUCUAUUGGUGGCAGAAAACGAGCGCAGUGAAAAUUACAUUGCCUUUGCAGAAUAGAACUUCAAUAAACUAUAAAUCUAAUAUAUCACAAGUUUGA